AAAUCCAUCCCUGGUGGUGGGGGGGGUCUCUCUUCAAUGACUCCCCGGCGCUGAAUCUUUGGGCAAUGGGCCAGACGCCUUCGCUGCCGGAGAUCGUCAUCCAGCCGGACAAAGCCGACAUUAUAUGCGAGAUCUUCAGCCAGGGGGUGGUCCGCGCCUCCCAAAGACUCAAGGAAUACCUCGGCUUCGAAGACCCUUUCGGCAACCUCCGGCCGAGCGCCGACACGCUGACGGAAAUCUUCCUGGUGAACUUCAUAAACUUCUGCGUGGAGAAGGGGGUCGAGGAGAGGAUUUCCACCAGCAAGAUGACCAAGCAGCAGUCCCUGCUCCUCGGCGUCGACUGGAUCUGGACCCUCUUCGGUUCCGAUAAGACGGUGAAGCUUCAGAUCGCGGUCCAAGCGCUGGAAAUGUCGGAAUUCUCUGCCGCCGGCGGACGGAACGGCCGCAGUAUGGCCAACUGCAGCCACUGCAAGGAGGUCCAGCUGACCGACACGUCGUACGCGGACAAGACGCCCUUCGAGAAGCUGGCCGACUUCUGCGGCUUGGUGGGAACGGACUGCAUGGGCUUGUUCAUGGUGUUCGGCGUCCCGGGGAAGCCCAAGGAUAUUCGGGGGGUGCUUUUGGAGAGCGUGAUGAGGGAGAAGAAGAAAAGCUCCGGGGAGCAAGCCCUGGAACAGUUCAUCCUCGGCACGGACACCUUCCUCCCCACCCGAGAGAUGCUGGAGACGUGCAUGUCCAGGAGGAACGGCCAGAGGAACGUCGGGAGAGUCUACAUCAACUUCCUUUAAACGAGGUGGAGGAAAGUACCGCGGAGGGG